AAUUAUCAGGAGAGAAAAAAAAAAAAAAAGAACUUCUCAACCAUCGUAUAUAAGGGAUCGUCGUUAACAUUGUGCCACCGAUAUUAGGGUUUCGGAGUCGUUGCAGAGCUGCGCGUUGAUCUAGAAAAAUGGCGAGGAUAAAGGUGUACGAGUUGAGGAAUAAGACGAAGGCGGAGCUACUGAACCAGCUCAAGGAUCUCAAGGCGGAGCUAGCCCUGCUCCGCGUCGCCAAGGUUACCGGCGGCGCCCCAAACAAGCUCUCCAAAAUUAAGGUGGUGAGGCUAUCGAUAGCGCAGGUUUUGACGGUUAUUUCCCAGAAGCAGAAAGCGGCGCUGAGAGAGGCUUACAAGAAGAAGAAGUAUUUGCCCCUUGACCUCCGUCCCAAGAAGACCCGCGCCAUUCGCAGACGCCUUACCAAACACCAGGUGUCUUUGAAGACGGAACGUGAGAAGAAGAAGGAGCUGUACUUUCCACUAAGAAAGUAUGCGAUCAAAGUUUAGGUUAGAAUUGGUUUCAAGUUGCAUUUUUUAGGACAGUUACUUGUAUUGAAAUUUUAAGGUUUUGAUGCCUGCCGCUGGGGCAGCAUUCCAAUUAUUAGUACCAGAGUUGUUUCAAUGCUUGCAUUAAGUUUCCAAGGUCUAUAUGUUAAAAACUAGAGUUGUUUCGAGAAACUAUUGUUGCUUUCGGCCUUUAACUUUAUAGCGAUUACCUGUUGAAUGAUCAAUGGCCGUAACCUUUAUGAGUUGUGAUUUAUGCACAUCUCAACAGUGGAUACCCAAAUCGACACUCUUCAUUUC